CCCACAUAAAGAGAUUCACAGAUGUCUCUCCACGCGAAGAGCCAUCUCCCCCGUUACGACAGCACAGCACAGCCUGUCUCUGUGACAACUGCCGAGUCGCUGUAACAAAGACAGAGAUAGACAGAGAGAGGGAGGGAGGGACAGAUAUAGAGAGGAGGAGAAGGACUACCACGGAGCAAAACACAUUGCCUUUUUCUCUCUGACAUCCCCCCUCGUUCGCAUGUGUUUGUGUGUGAGCCUGCGCGGAGGAGAGAAGGAAAGAUAAUUAAGCCGGAGAAAUUCUUCUUCUCUGUCUUUUAGUUUCCCUCUUUUCUCCAUCCAUCAUCCAAGGCUUGAAUACCGGUGUCAGCUGCCACAGCGGGAUAAAAUAAAGGGAUGCUUUGAAUGCUGCCUCUGUCUAUGACAAGGCACACAGAGAAGCAGAAAGAGGCACAACAAGCAGGGACAAAACCAGGACUUUGAUAAUGAAUGGGAGUCCUUCCGUAGCAUGUGGUAGGAAUAGCAGUCCGUCACUGAAGUCUACGAAUAAGGAGCCUGCCCUUACGACGUGACAGUGCACAUGGUCUGGAUACCACCAGCCGUCCUGCAAGCCCUGCUACACUCCAGAGCCAAAAGAUCCACUCCUCUUCAUCACCAGCCACAGCGCUCAUAACUACCGCCCUCCAAGUUUGUCCAAUUAAGGGAUGUAUGAGGACUUAAGAGGCCAGGGUCACUAGCAAGCCACACUACAAAAAAACUGACGAGAUCCUUGCUGGCUGCAGACGGGCAGAACACUGUUGAUUCUCUCCGGGUGGUGUUUCCUGGGUGUGUCAGGAGGAGGCAUGGCUGGUUGAGAUGUCGUGGACGAUCACACCACUCAGCUAGACGUGCUGCUGCUGCGCUGUGUGGGCCUGGCUCCUGCAGCUGCACCAUUGAUGGUGCCGUGAUCCAGUUCUAACCGUGGGUAAUGACGAGACAUAAAACCAAUCCUGGAGAUGCCGAAGAGAAGAGACAUUCUUGCCAUCGUGUUGAUAGUGUUACCGUGGACUCUGCUCAUCACCGUUUGGCACCAAAGCGCAAUCGCUCCGCUGCUCGCCAUCCGCAAGGCCUGUCACCACCUAGUAAAAGAGAUCUUUAUCAUACCAGAGAGGCUUGCAGUCCAUCGACACCGACUCGCAGAUGACGGAGCCGACAGAGGGCGGAGGGAGGCGGGCCAGUCCAGCGACUCUAAGGAGUACUGCUCCUCUGAUAAGGACAUAGUGGAGGUGGUGAGGACGGAGUAUGUGUACACGCGGCCACCGCCAUGGUCCGAUGGGUUGCCCACCAUCCACAUAAUCACCCCCACCUACAGCCGCCCAGUCCAGAAGGCAGAGCUGACGCGGCUGGCCAACACCUUCCUCCACGUGGCCAACCUGCACUGGAUCCUGGUGGAAGACUCUCAGAGGAGGACCCCGCUCGUUACACGCAUGCUCCGGGAAACGGGUCUCAACUACACCCACCUGAACGUGGAGACUCCCAGGAACUAUAAGCUGCGUGCGGACACGCGGGAUCCCAGGAUACCCCGGGGCACCAUGCAGAGGAACCUGGCACUGCGCUGGCUCAGAGAGACCUUCAACUCCAACAGCAGCCAGGCAGGCAUUGUCUACUUCGCUGAUGACGACAACACCUAUAGCCUGGAGCUGUUUGAGGAGAUGAGGUCAACAAGGAAGGUGUCUGUAUGGCCUGUGGCCUUUGUUGGUGGUCUGCGCUACGAGUCUCCCAAGGUCAACGCAGCAGGCAAGGUGUACGGCUGGAAGACUGUAUUUGACCCUCACCGGCCCUUUGCCAUCGACAUGGCGGGCUUCGCCAUCAACCUGCGGCUCAUCCUCUUCAAGCCCCAGGCCUACUUCAAGCUGCGAGGAGUGAAGGGAGGCUACCAGGAGAGCAGCCUUCUCCGGGAGCUUGUCACACUCAACGACCUGGAGCCCAAAGCAUCUAAUUGCACUAAGAUUCUCGUUUGGCACACUAGGACAGAAAAACCUGUCCUUGUAAAUGAGGGAAAGAAAGGAUUUACAGACCCCAAUGUGGAGAUUUGACAUUGUCUCCUCGGGCGAUGGUGGUUGUCUAAUAUGGACCCUGAGAAGAAAAAGAGGCCAUCUCCCAGUGCAAACAGUGUUCAUGUCUUAAUCAUCUCAGAAAAGACUGCCUCGGGGGCCAAAUCCUAAUCCCCUUGACUGAAACUAAACACUUUUAAUAUUGGGAUUACAAAUGCAUCAUAUUAAAGCACAGAUUAGUACAAGAUGGCAAUAUUUAUCAGGUUAAAUGUUGCGAGCAGCACCAACAUGAAGCAGACGGUGAGAGCUGAGCGAUUAAGGAUCAACGGGAGAUCGAUGCUCUCUGAACCUGCAUGACACCAUACUGCGUCUGUAGUGUCCUAACACGAGACAGCACAAGACAAACAUUGCAGUAGGGAGGGAGUUAGGCAGCCAAUGAGAUGAAGCGUUUACUGGCCUGAACAGGCUAAUGAGAUAUCCAUUGUCUUUCCCUCUAUAGACAUGGAUCUUCAGGGCAGGGGAUGAGAUCCUGAGAUCUUAGUAGGGUCUGUAAGAGACCUUUAAUAGACAUGGAUCUUCAGGGCAGGGGAUGAGAUCCUGAGAUCUUAGUAGGGUCUGUAAGAGACCUUUAAU